GUGGACGGUGAGCCGCGGCGGGGUGGGCGAAGAUGCCGCUGCCGGUUCAGGUGUUUAACUUGCAGCAGCCAGCCAGCUCUGUGUCAGGGUCGGGGGGUGCAGAGAGUCAGGACAGAAUGCGGGGUGGCCCGGCCCCCCGCGCGGCCGCGUCGUCAGUGGCAGAUGUGCACUGCGCCCCUCCCAGCGGUAGGUCAGAGCUCUUCCUGCCGGGCACGGCCGGGGACUUCAGCCUGAGCGCCAGCCUGUCGGCCUGUACGCUGCUUUAUGAGGGGGCCGUGGAGCCUAUGCAGAUUGAUGUGGACCCCCAGGAGGACCCGCAGAACGCGCCCGAUGUCAACUAUGUUGUGGAGAACCCCACCCUGGACCUGGAGCAGUACGCGGCCAGCUACAGUGGCCUGAUGCGCAUCGAACGACUGCAGUUCAUUGCUGACCACUGCCCCCCGCUGCGGGUGGAGGCCCUGAAGAUGGCCCUGUCCUUCGUGCAGAGGACCUUCAACGUGGACAUGUACGAGGAGAUCCACCGCAAGCUCCUGGAGGCUGCCAGGGAGCUGCAGAACGCACCCGAUGCCAUCCCUGAGAGCGGUGUGGAGCCCCCACCCUUGGACACGGCCUGGGUGGAAGCCACGCGGAAGAAGGCCUUGCUGAAGCUGGAGAAGCUGGACACAGAUCUGAAGAAUUACAAGGGCAAUUCUAUCAAGGAGAGCAUCAGGCGUGGCCAUGACGACCUGGGUGACCACUAUCUGGACUGUGGGGACCUCAGCAACGCCCUCAAGUGUUACUCCCGGGCCCGGGACUACUGCACCAGCGCCAAGCACGUCAUUAACAUGUGCCUCAACGUCAUCAAGGUCAGCGUCUACUUGCAGAAUUGGUCUCACGUGCUGAGCUAUGUCAGCAAAGCCGAGUCCACCCCGGAAAUUGCCGAGCAGCGUGGGGAGCGUGACACCCAGACUCAGGCCAUCCUCACCAAGCUCAAAUGUGCAGCAGGCCUGGCUGAGUUGGCCGCACGCAAGUACAAGCAGGCUGCCAAGUGCUUCCUGCUGGCUUCCUUCGAUCACUGCGACUUCCCCGAGCUGCUGUCCCCCAGCAAUGUGGCCGUGUACGGUGGCCUGUGCGCCUUGGCCACCUUUGACCGACAGGAGCUGCAGCGCAAUGUCAUCUCCAGCAGCUCCUUCAAGUUGUUCUUGGAGCUGGAACCACAGGUUCGGGACAUUAUCUUCAAAUUCUAUGAGUCCAAGUAUGCCUCGUGCCUGAAGAUGCUGGACGAGAUGAAGGACAACCUGCUCCUAGACAUGUACCUGGCCCCCCACGUCAGGACCCUGUACACGCAGAUUCGCAACCGGGCCCUCAUCCAGUAUUUCAGCCCUUAUGUGUCAGCUGACAUGCGCAAGAUGGCCACGGCCUUCAACACCACGGUGGCGGCGCUGGAAGAUGAGCUGACGCAGCUCAUCCUGGAGGGGCUCAUCAACGCCCGCAUCGACUCCCACAGCAAGAUCCUAUAUGCCCGGGACGUGGAUCAGCGCAGCACCACCUUCGAGAAGUCUCUGCUGAUGGGCAAGGAGUUCCAGCGCCGUGCCAAAGCCAUGAUCCUGAGGGCAGCUGUGCUACGCAACCAGAUCCAUGUCAAGUCCCCUCCCCGGGAAGGAAGCCAAGGGGAGCUGACGCCGGCCAACAGCCAGUCCCGGAUGAGCACCAACAUGUGAGGGCACACGCGGCCUCCAGGAUGGUCUGCACACCCCCACCCUGCCCCGCCCCCCCAACCCUCGGCCUCCUGGGCCUCCCAUCUGCUCCAGCAGCACUUCCAGAGGUGUUGCGUGUGGCCCACUUGUAGGGGCCUGGCUGCUGGCUGACGCUAGCCCUCAGCCCCCUGCCUGGGCUUCCACGUGCCCAGAUUCUUGUGCCCCCCUCCCCCUUGCUGCACCCUGUGCUGGGGGUGCUGGGGAGGAGGUGGGCUUUCCUGGAAGGAGAGACCUGCUGGGCUCACCCACGUGGUGCCCGGGGCCCCCGCCUGGCAGCACUGUCGCCCAGCCUCCAUGUUGAUGUGUCAUUUGGGGUUGUAGCAUUGUUGACUCUUAGUCCAUUAAAGGGCAGCCUGAGAACA